AUGUGCGACCCUGACUUUAGGAGACGCCGCAACACUGAUGAAGGGGAUGCAUCUUCGUCACCGGCGAUUGAGCAAGCCACGGUGUUGAAGUCCUCAUUAGUUACGGAAGAUGACUUCAUGUGCACUGAAGAGCAGCAGCUUCUCCUACAGACAGCGCGAGCUUGGACAGAGGGUCCACAUGAACGUACACUUGUCAGGCUUCUCCUGGACGGUGGCAGUCAGCGAACCUUCAUUCAUCGCAAGCUAUCCGAAAAGCUGCAGUUAAAAGUGCUGGGAGAAGAGGAGCUUAAAAUAUUUGCCUUUGUCCAGGGCCAGGUCGGCACAAGGAAGUCAACAGGAGUCUGCUCCUCGGCUGCUGGCGCGAUGCGGAUAGGAGUGAGUGAACAAAUUUACAAGGAAAUAUCAGCACAGCUAAAGUCUUUCUGGGAGCUCGAGCACAUCGGUAUCAAGGAACAUGAGCCAGUUCGUCACGAGGACGCAGUCCUUCAGCACUAUAAAGAAACCGUCAACUUUGAGAAUGGCCGCUAUAAGGUGUCGUUCCCUUGGAAUUCGAUGGUUUACGAGCUUGGCGACAACUACGAGUGCGCAGCAAGGCGUCUUAAAGCUCAGACAAAGCGCCUCUUGGAAGGAGAUUCGCUGAUUAGGGAAUACGACGCCUACAUAAGAGACUACAUAGAAAAGGGCUAUGCAGAGCCAGCCAGCAAGGAUUACGGCACGUCGGAAGGUCCGGUGUACUAUAUGCCACAUCAGGCAGUUGCUCGUCGCGAUAGCCAGACGACAAAACUGAGGGUAGUAUUUGAUGCAUCACCUAGUGCCAAAAAUCGCCUCUCACUGAACAAUGUACUGGAAAGUGGCCCAAACCUAAACCCAGAGCUCAUUGAUCUGCUGAUCAAUUUCCGCACUUACAACAUUGCCAUCGUUGCGGAUAUUGAAAAGGCCUUUCUCCUAAUAUCACUAUCAGAGGGCGAUCGGAACGCUGUGCAGUUUCUCUGGUACGCUAUGACGCCAAAGAAAGGGGAAGAGCUUCCAGCUGUGGUGACCUAUCGCAUGACUCGCGUGCCGUUCGGUGUCACGUCGAGCCCAUUUCUUUUGGCUGCAACGCUGCAACAUCAUCUUGAAGGCCUGCCGGAACGGUAUGCUGAAACUGCAGGUAUUCUGCGCAAGCAUCUUUACGUGGCCGACCUUGUAACUGGGGUUGACAGCCUUGACAAGGGUAAAGUCUUGUGCCAGGAAUCCAAAGAUAUAUUGUCUCAAGCAGGGAUGCGGCUACACAAGUGGAUGUCGAACGACCGCGAUCUCGUCAACUUCUUAGAGAAUAGCAAUGUGGAGAGAAGGAACGCUGAUGCUGGACAUGCUGCAGCUACAAAAGUAUUGGGAGUAGGUUGGAAUGCUCAGACUGACCACUUUGAAUACAACCUAACUUCACUCAUCGACUUCCUCUCCGCAAGAGCUGACAACAAGAGAUUUGCGCUGCAGGUCUCGGAAAGAAUUUUCGACCCUUUUGGAUUUAUUGCUCCCACAACAUUAUGCGUAAAGGUAAUGUUCCAGAAGUUGUGGGAGUUGGGUAUUGGUUGGCACAAUCCCUUGCCUGAGACAUUGCAGCCUGAGUGGGACUGCUGGUGUAGGGAGCUUCCAUGCAUUGAAGGAGUGUCUAUUUCAAGACUGAUAGCGGCAGACUUCGGAAACGAUGAUCCGGAGAAAGUGGUGCAUGUUUUCUGUGACGCAAGCCUGAAGGCAUAUGGUGCUGUCACAUAUAUCGUGACCAAGUCUCCGUUCGGACUAACAAAUGUCAGCUUGGUCAUGGCUAAAUCAAGAGUGGCCCCUUUGAAACGCCUCUCGCUACCCCGAUUGGAGCUGAUGGGAGCCCUUAUUGGCGCGCGACUAUGCCACUACGUUGCCAAGGCCUUGGAUCUGAAGAGCGUUGCUACCAUCCUCUAG